CAGGGGAGCAUUGUUUACCUGGACACCUCCAGCUCCGGCAGGUGCUGCAGCUCAGUCCUGGAGUUCCUGCUCUCACCUGUGAGCCUGUCCUCACCUGCUAACCUGCUCUAACCUGUUAGCCUGUCCUCACCUGCUAACCUGUUCUCACCUGCUAACCUGUCCUUACCUGCUAACCUGUGCUCACCUGCUAACCUGUCCUGGUCCAGCACUGGCAUGAGCAGGUGCUAUUAUAACCUUAAAGCCGAAUAGAUCAUUUACAUUUGUGAGCGCUGGAUUUUCUGCAUCACUGGAACAGCACAAUAAACCUCGUGUCCAUCAACAGAAACAGGCAUUGGUCCUGCUUUCUACAGCUCCACCAAGCAGAAGAUCAUGGCUCUGAGCAGAUUACUGCUUCUGUGGAUGGGAUUUGUUCACCUGGCUUCAGCACAGACCGUGAGGCAGGUUGAGCUGAACUACACGUUCGACACGUCGCUGUUAAACGUUCCACCAGAUUUACCCUCCAACAUCACAAAGCUCAACCUGAGUCACAACGCCAUUGAGCUAUCAGAGUCAGACAUCCAGACCCUGAAGAUGCAUUCUCAGCUAACGGAACUCCAUCUUGACAACAACAUGCUGACGAUCCUGCCAGGACACACGUUUGACAGUCUGUCACAGCUGGAGAUCCUAAACGUGUCUUCCAACAACAUCAGUAGGGUGGAACCCAGGGCUUUUGCAGGCCUGGCCAACCUUAGAGAGCUGGACCUCUCCCAUAAUGCCAUAGUCACCUUACCCUCACAGGUAUUUGCCAACCUCUCCCGCCUGGAAGCUGUUUACUUGCAAGGGAAUGGGUUGCACUUCCUGGAGAACAGUACUUUGGAGGAUCUAAAAAAAGUAAAUCACCUGGAUCUGAAUGAAAAUCCCUGGAACUGCUCUGGUGCAUUUCUGUGGGUGAUGAACGGCAUGAAGGGAAAGAUUGGCCAGGGGGCAGUUUGCGCAAGCCCAGAGGAUCAAGCUGGUGAAAGCAUCUUGAACAGCUGCACUAAGCGUUUCCCAGAAUUCACCAGCACUUCAUCUCCAAAAGACACACCUUCAGUUCUUCCCACAGCCACCAGGGGGCAGACUACACACACUGCACCUUCAGUUCCUGCCUCAGCCACCAGGGAGCAGACUACACCCACUACACCUUCAGUACCUGCUACAGCCACCAGGAGGCAGACCACACACACUGUGUCCAGGGAACACACCAACAGCGGAAACCUGACAGACUCCAAUAAAGACUCCAGUGAGGCUGCCCCCGCGGUGGGGGGGGGCAGCUGGAGGUUCCUGGUGGGCGUGGUGGGGGUGGCACUGGGCGCGUCGCUGCUGGUCGUGUGCACGGCCCAGUCUCCCCGGUGCUACCGCCGUCUGUCCCUCUACCGGCACCGGCGACUGCGCGAGGACCGGUCAGACCUCUUCGCCUCCCGUUGCCAUGCCAACUUCAGCCUGGAGGCCGAGGAGGAGGUGGAGACCAGCACCCAGGAGCUGGACAUCAGCCUGGAUAACGAGCUUAACGAGGAUGACGAGCUUAAUGAGGAUGACGAGGAUGGCUACAUUGAAGACGGUUACAUCGAGGCCAGGAGUUACAGGGACCAGACAGAGCUGUGAGGAAAACUAAGCCCAAGAUCACUCACCGUAAACUGGGUUUGACCACCGAAACAUACUGAGGCACUGAUGCUAACUUCACAGUGGACUAGAUCUUAAAGUCUAUGACAACAAUAAAUUCCAUUUAAGUACACAUUCUUGUUAGUUUACUAUCAGUUAUUUUCUAAAUAAACCCAAGUACAGGCUUUUUCCAGUUGUAAAUAUUUGUUGAGUGUUUUUCCACAGACUGAUGAUCCCUGUGUGGGUCGAAUCUGGAGGCCCAGCUGGGUGAUGGGCUUUUGUGUGGCGGGAGAGACCACGCAGUGACACUGGUGGAAUCCAGACCCUGGAAACUCCGCCCUGUUUGCACUGUAGAGCCAUUGUCUGGACCCGCGCUGUCCCACUCUUACACCUCAGACUGGCAGCAGAAUCAGCACCCUGCAGCCCACAUCAGCAUUGGACACAUUGUGUGCGGGUCACAGGCUCAUCUGAAUUCAGUUUCUGGGGAUUUUAAUUGUAUAUUUUAGAAAUUGACCGUGUUUAUAAGGAGUUAUGCUGUGCUGUUAACUUCAUUUGAAUCUACAGAACAAAUAAAAUGUAUGUUUCCAAAGUG